UCCCCAUCCCCCCCACUUCCCUCCUCUCCUCAUAAACAUCGAGUCUAUUGGGUCAUCCCUCCUUUCUCUCCCCCGUAUAAAUGCUCCCUUCCACUCCUUUCAACAAAAAUAAUUAUUACUUCUACCCAUCAGUUUUCAAACAGGAAAACAUCAAAAACACCCAUCCACAGAUAAAAACACCUACUUAUCCAUUUCCUUAGUACAACUAGUUUCUGAAUCGCUUAUCCCAACCCUUUUCAAUUUCUUCUGCAUCUAUUAAUCCAAACACAUCUGGCUGGCAUCAACUACCCCGAUUGAUUCUACAAGAAAUUGAAUUCAAAUUUCAUGGGACGAUCACCCUGUUGUGAAAAAGCACAUACCAAUAAAGGUGCCUGGACCAAAGAGGAAGACCAGCGCCUCAUUGACUACAUCCGUGUCCAUGGUGAAGGUUGCUGGCGUUCCCUCCCCAAAGCUGCGGGGCUGCUUAGAUGCGGCAAGAGUUGCCGAUUAAGAUGGAUAAACUACUUGAGGCCUGACCUUAAGAGAGGAAAUUUCACUGAAGAGGAGGAUGAACUUAUCAUCAAACUUCACAGUUUACUGGGAAACAAAUGGUCUUUAAUUGCUGGAAGAUUACCAGGAAGAACAGAUAACGAGAUCAAGAACUACUGGAACACGCACAUCAAAAGAAAGCUUAUAAAUGGAAGAAUUGAUCCACAAACUCAUCGUCCACUGACUGAAACUGCCAAUACAAAUAGCACAGCUAAAGCCACAGUCACAGCCAUAGCCCCCACUGAAUUGGAUUUAAGAAACGUGCCCAGAUUUUCAAAAGCCAACUUUAUUACAACCCCAUCUCUGGAUUUCAAAUACAAUGAAUUUCAAGUUAAAGGAAGAACAGAGUCCCUUGAAGAAGGCAACUGUGCCAGCAGUGGCUUGACUACAGAGGAAGAACAGCAACAGCAACAGGAGAAGUAUCCAAGCAGUGGACAAGAGUUAAAUUUGGAACUAUCAAUUGGGAUUAGUUCAGGUGGAAAGAACUCAACUCAGCUUUCCAGUGCCAACUAUGCCGAGUUCAAACCACAUCCAGAUAACAGCAAUUACUAGUUUCUUGGACAAGCUAUGGUGGCUAAGGCAGUCUGUUUGUGUUGGCAAUUAGGGUUUCAAAGAAGCGAAAUUUGUAGGAAUUGUCAAAAUGCAAAUGGGUUCUAUAGAUAUUGUAGUCCUUUGGAUUCAUAGGGUCAAUAUUAUUCUUUUUUCUUCUUUUAGAAGCUUAAGAUAAAUGCUUAAUUACUAUGUUUUACCUGCCUUCUGUAACCAAAGCUAAUUACAAGAUAAGAUGUUUGCCAUGCCUAUCACCACGCGUAGAAGGAAAAAAAACGACAUUAAUAGCUGCUCUCUGCAAAAUAUAUUCAAUGCUCUUGGAUUCUUUUGAUU